ACCAACCCAUAAGUCGUUUUAAAAAAAAAAAAACCAAAAAAAAAAAAAAGAUAACCCAUAAGUGACAGUGUGACACAAGAUUCCUAACCUGCAAGAAACGAAAUGGCACAGUGUCGCUUCUCCUCCUCUCUUCUUCUCCGUCUCCGUUCAGCUCGCCGGUUCUCCUCACUCCCCAACCCAACAACAACCCAAAACGACGCCGAACUGGUAUCAAACAUCCUCCUCCACCACCACAACCCCUUCCACGCCAUGGAGUCCUCUCUCCAGCUCCACGGCAUCACUCUCUCCCCCGACCUCCUCCACCACACUCUCCUCCGCCUCAAGCACAAUUCCAAAAUCGCCCUCGCCCUCUUCCACUACGCCAAAUCCCUCCCCUCCCCCCCGCCCCUCACCUCCCACGCCUUCCACCUCCUCAUCGACAUCGUCGCCAAGGUCCGCCAGUACGACGUCGCUUGGCAGCUCAUCCUCGAAAUGGACCGCCACAACCUCACCCCCACCGCCGCCACCUUCCUCAUCCUCAUCCGCCGCCUCAUCGCCUCCGGCCUCACCCGCCAGGCCGUCCGGGCCUUCGACGACAUCGAGACCUUCGUCCUGACCCGCCCCACCGCCCAAGACUUCUGCUCUCUACUCGACACCCUCUGUAAAUACGGCUACGUUAAGGUCGCGGCUGAAGUUUUCAACAAAAGGAAGCAUGACUAUGUGGCCGAUGUGAAAAUGUACACUGUUCUGGUUUACGGGUGGUGUAAGAUCGGCCGUUUCGAUAUGGCGGAGAGGUUCUUGAGGGAUAUGAUCGAGCGAGGUAUUGAGCCUAAUGUGGUUACUUACAAUGUGUUUCUGGAUGGGAUUUGUAGGAAGGCGAGUUUGCACCCUCAGGACAGGUUUGAGAGGACCAUAAGAAAUGCACUGAAGGUGUUCGAUGAAAUGUCCAGCAGAGGCAUUGAGCCGGACGUGACUAGUUUUUCGAUCCUUCUUCAUGUUUAUAGCCGGGCGCAUAAGCCCCAGUUGUCGCUUGAUAAGCUGAAGGAAAUGAGGGAGAGGGGGAUUUGUCCCACCGUGGCAACGUACACUUCAGUUGUCAAGUGUCUCUGCUCUUGCGGAAGGCUUGAGGAAGCGGAGGAUUUGCUUGGUGAGAUGGUGAGGAAUGGGGUUAGUCCCUCUGCGGCUACGUAUAAUUGUUUCUUCAAAGAGUACAGGGGGAGAAAGGACUCGGAAAGCGCUUUGAAGUUGUAUAGGAAGAUGAAGGAGGAUAGAUUGUUUGCGCCGAGUGUGCACACUUAUAAUAUAUUGGUGGGGAUGUUUUUGCAGUUGAAUCGAGUGGAGAUUGUUAGAGAGAUAUGGGAUGACAUGAAAGAGAGCGGGGCGGGGCCAGAUUUGGAUUCGUAUACGAUGUUGAUUCAUGGGCUAUGUGAGAAGCAGAAGUGGAGAGAGGCGUGCCAGUUUUUUGUGGAGAUGAUAGAGAAGGGGCUUCUUCCUCAGAAAGUUACUUUUGAGACGCUUUACAGAGGGUUAAUACAGUCUGAUAUGUUGAGAACUUGGAGAAGAUUGAAGAAGAAGCUCGAUGAAGAGUCUGUUACUUUUGGAUCGGAGUUCCAAAAUUAUCACCUUAAGCCAUACAGGAGAUGAUCAGGAUGUGUUGUAUUUCUUGCUUAUGUUUUGAGGUACCAUUAAACGGCUGCAUUGUUGUCAUGUUGUUUAUUAUUGUAUGAUCGUUGAUAAUGAGAUAAUUUUGCUCAUUCACACUCA